CUCGCCGGAGUAGAGCGGGCUGGGAUUGGUGCGAGGCGGGGCGAGAGCCCGCGGGCGUCCGGGGCCCAGGCGCGGGGGAGGCGGUCGCCGCCGGGACGCCGGCGGGGGUGCUUCGCGGAGGGAAGGAGCAGGAGCGCUCCUGCCUGGGGCGGGGGCGAGGGCAGGGGCGGCGCUUGUCGCGUGUGGGUCGCGGUGGAGCGGGCGGCGGGAGGGGGGUGGCAGCGGAGGGACCGAGACGGGCAGGGGUGACUGUUGGCAGCAGGACCGGCUGGAGACCUAGGCCUGGAAGCGCCUCCGGGGAGGGUCGGGGGGAGGAGGAGGCCGUGGGCGUGUCUGGUAUGGGAUGCGGUGGAGCGGAGGGGGCCCUCCUGAGCAGAUCCGUGGGUGGUUCCUUGGAGGAAGCCUCCUCUUCCCCUCUGCCUGUUUAUUUGCCAGCGAGGGAGUCCCCAUGGUCUCUGUUCAAGUUCUGGAAACUUUCUCUUUGGGUGGGCUUAAUCACCUGCGACUUCGUCGUAGAACUGCCCGGGGUCUUUUCUGAUAUUGGUCACAAACGUGGGGAGUAUGUCAGAAAACAGGAAGCCGCUGCUGGGCUUUGUAAGCAAACUCCCCGGUGGGAGUGCACUUGGGAACUCAGGCAAGACUCACUGCCCCUUGUGCAGGGGGCUUUUCAGAGCCCCCAGGCUCUUGCCUUGUUUGCAUACAGUUUGCACCACGUGUCUGGAGCAGCUGGAGCCCUUCUCAGUAGUGGACCUCAGAGGGGGAGACUCCGACACAAGCUCUGAGGGGUCAGUAUUCCAGGAACUCAAACCACGAAGUCUGCAGUCGCAGAUCGGCAUCCUCUGUCCGGUAUGUGAUGCUCAGGUGGACCUGCCCAUGGGUGGAGUGAAGGCUUUAACCAUAGACCACCUGGCCGUGAAUGAUGUGAUGCUGGAGAGCCUGCGUGGGGAAGGCCAGGGCCUGGUGUGUGACCUGUGCAACGACAGGGAAGUAGAGAAGAGGUGUCAGACCUGCAAAGCCAAUCUCUGCCACUUCUGCUGCCAGGCUCAUAGGCGGCAGAAGAAAACGACUCACCAUACCAUGGUGGACCUAAAAGACCUGAAAGGCUACAGCCAGAUUGGGAAGCCCAUCCUCUGUCCUGCCCACCCUGCGGAGGAACUGAGGCUGUUCUGUGAGUUCUGUGACCAGCCCGUGUGCCGGGAUUGCGUGGUGGGGGCGCAUCGAGAACACCCCUAUGACUUCACCAGCAAUGUCAUCCACAAGCAUGGGGACUCCGUGCGGGAGCUCCUCAAAGGUACUCAGCCCCACGUGGAAGCCCUGGAGGAGGCCCUGGCUCAGAUCAGGACGAUGAACAGUGCCCUCCAGAAGCGAGUGGAGGUAGUGGCAGCUGACGUCCGGACAUUCUCAGAGGGCUACAUUAAGGCCAUUGAGGAGCAUCGGGACAAGCUGCUGAAGCAGCUGGAAGACAUACGGGUCCAGAAGGAAAAUUCCCUGCAGCUGCAGAAGGCCCAGCUGGAACAGUUACUGGCAGACAUGCGGACUGGUGUGGAGUUCACCGAGCACUUGCUGACCAGUGGCUCAGACUUGGAGAUCCUCAUCACCAAGGGGGUGGUAGUAGAACGGCUCAGGAAGCUGAACAAAGUGGAAUAUAGCACCCGCCCUGGAGUAAAUGAUAAGAUACGCUUCUGUCCUCAGGAGAAAGCAGGCCAGUGCCAUGGCUACAUGAUUUAUGGGACCAUUAAUACCAAAGAGGUUGAUCCAGGCAAAUGUGUCCUACAAGGAGAAGAUCUCCACAGAGCCCGGGAGAAGCAGCCAGCCUCUUUCACCCUGCUUUGCAAGGAUGCCGCAGGAGAAAUCAUGGGCAGGGGAGGAGACAACAUUCAAGUUGCCGUUGUCCCUAAUGACAAGAAAGACAGCCCAAUCAGAACGAUGGUCCGGGAUAACAAGGAUGGGACAUACUACAUUUCCUACACCCCCAAGGAACCUGGCGUCUAUACUGUGUGGGUCUGCGUCAAGGAGCAGCAUGUACAGGGGUCACCAUUCACUGUGACCGUGAGGAGAAAGCACCGCCCACACCCAGGCGUGUUUCACUGCUGCACCUUCUGCUCCAGUGGAGGCCAGAAAACUGCUCGCUGUGCCUGUGGAGGCACCAUGCCAGGUGGGUACCUAGGCUGUGGCCAUGGACACAAAGGCCACCCAGGUCGUCCCCACUGGUCCUGCUGUGGGAAGUUUAAUGAGAAGUCUGAAUGCACGUGGACGGGUGGGCAGAGCGCACCGAGGAGUCUACUUAGGACUGUGGCACUCUGAUGGGUUUGUGCUCAGCCUGUUAACGCUGCAGUCAGCACCACUUGAGAUUUCCAGAGGACCCAGACCUUUGUUCAUUCUAAAGAGACUGAUAAAAUUAAAAACAAAGUGCCUUCUCUU